UAUCAUUCGUUUUACAUAAUCUCUCAAACUUAUUGCAUAAUAUACGAGUAGUUGUGUGUGAAUAAUCUAACGGCGUAUGUUAGGAAUUUUACAAGAGACAUCAUCUACCAAUCGUGUCGUCGGUUUGUAGCUACGUUUAUCAGAGAAGACCAUUGAACACUGUGUGUCAGUUAAGAUUUCAGAAUUCAAAAGAGACAAAUAUAAAAAAAAAAGAAAAAAAGAAGAAAGAAAUAAAGAUCAGCAACGUUCGUUUAAUUGUUCUAAUUUUUUGUCGAACUAAACAAUUAAAAUCUGACAACGUAAAUAUGUGAAUUAGAACGAUGUCUCUGUUUCGUAGAUAGAACAUGAUAUGAUCGAUAUUUUUCGAGGCUAUUUCGUUGUCACAUUCGUGUCUUCUCGUCGUAGUUGGUAGUCGUUUAGGGAGUGAUUUUAUGAUACAGACACAUAUUAUCGCGAAUAAGUCGAGUGGAAAAAAUUGGCAGGAUUCAGCCAAUCGAAGUCAGGGCCCGGCUGUCUCAUGACACGAUCAUGCACGAUUGGACACCGAACUUCCUCAAGCAAUAUCGAGUGAUUCACGCGCUUUAAACUCUGAUCGAUGAUUGAUUUUAUUCCCUUUUUAUUUACCUAUCAAAAUAGAAAAAGAAAAAAAGAGAAAAAUAGACGCGUCUACGUUCUAAUUAACAAGCAUAAUGAUGAAAGAGAGAUUGGAUUUGGAUAAGCCACUUUGGGAUCAGAGUACCUUUGCAGGUAGAUGGAAACAUUUUGCUUGGGUUACGGAUUUUCGGACUUGCAUUGUUCCCGAAGAAGAAAUAAUUGCUGCUAAGAAAUUAUGCGAAGAUUACAGACUUGGAAAUGAGCCAGCUGGUACCACGAAAGAAGAAAUCAUCUAUGCCAAGAAGCUUUACGAGUCGGCCUAUCAUCCAGACACUGGUGAUAUACAAAAUGUCUUUGGCAGAAUGUCCUUCCAGGUGCCAGGUGGUAUGGCCGUGACCGGUGCCAUGCUCCAAUUCUAUAAAACAACCACGGCAGUAGUUUUUUGGCAAUGGGUCAAUCAGUCAUUUAACGCACUCGUUAAUUAUACUAAUAGAAAUGCAAACAGUCCAGUGACUACACAUCAGUUGGGUGCGGCUUAUGCGAGUGCCACAGCAGCAGCAAUGAUAACAGCGAUAGGAUGCAAAUCUUUUUGGGAGAAAAGAGCAAAUCCUUUGAUGGCAAGGUACGUGCCGUUCGCUGCGGUGGCUGCUGCUAAUUGUGCGAAUAUACCGCUAAUGAGACAAAAUGAGAUACUCAAUGGCAUCGAAGUUACUGACGAAAAUGGUCGAAAACUUAGUAAAUCCAAGAUCGCUGCUGUGAAGGGCAUCAGCCAAGUCGUUAUCUCGAGAAUCAUUAUGUGUGCACCUGGCAUGUUGAUUCUUCCACCCAUAAUGGAAAGAUUAGAAAAAUAUGCAUGGAUGCAAAAAAUUAAACUUUUACAUGCACCCAUACAGGUCAUGAUGGUUGGAUGCUUCUUAACGUUCAUGGUGCCGACUGCUUGUGCGUUGUUCCCCCAAAACUGUUCGAUCGCAGUCAGUACUUUACAACGAUGGGAACCGGAAAAUUACGAACUUUUAUUGAAGAAUUGCGAAGGAAAAGAUAUACCUAAGUAUCUUUAUUUCAACAAGGGAUUAUAAUACGCUCAAAGAUUCACACCAGAGACGAAUAAUAAUAAUUACGUCCUGUUAUUUAAGUUCCUCGUGAGAAACUUGUUAGGAUUAUGUUUGAUCUAAUAAUCUCAAUAGAAUUGGAUUAUUGAGAUUGAUAUCGAUGAUAGUGAUGAUAAUGAUGAUAAUAAUAAUUUAAAUUCUAGAUAUUACGGUGCUAUUUGUUGUACAUUGAAAUAAUUUUGUUAUUAUUAUUAUUUUUAAUUUUCAUUUUUGUUUUUUUUUUUUUUUUUUUUUUUUUUCUAAUUGUCUAUACGUUUAUAUACAUAUAGUUAGCUCACGUAGGUGAAUUAAUCAAACGUUUCUCAGACACAUUUACAAAUAUUACAUAGAAACAUUCUCGUUGAAAAAGCAAGCAAUCGUCUGGUAGGAUGAACCAAGCAGUAAUAAGAAUAAACAGUGACAAUAAAUAAACUGGUGCUUUGUGCUAUAGGAAGACAAUAUCUUUUUGUCUUUCGUAUGCUAUUAACGCGCAAACGGAGGCUAAGAGGGGCAAAAAAAUGAAGAAAAUCGUUUAAUUAGUAAUAAAUAAGUGCUCGAUCGUAACUUUUAAAUGAUUAUCGAUAAUUUAACAUAUCUUUUUGUUGUUGCGUUUCACAUCUCAGGCAAUAAUAAUUAUUAUUCGAGCUAUUCAUUGACCAAAGUAUUUAACUCCACGAAAUAAAAAGUAAAGAACUUUUAUAAUUUAAUAUACAUACAUAUAUAUCAAUAUAUUGUUUUUAGAAAAUUUCUUCUACAAUAUUCGUAUAUUCAAACAAAGAAUUCAUUGUUACGGGUGUAGUUUUUAUGUUACAUCUAUAUGAUAUAAAAUUAGUUAUAUAAUAUCAAUUUGAAAUAAUUUAAUAAUCAAUUGUAUUUUAUUUUACACAAACAUAAGAUAAAGUCAUGAUUAAUUUUUUAUAAUUAAUAAUGUGAAGUAUUAUAUAGAGUAUGUUAAUCAAAUUUUAUAUUUAAAAACAUUUAUUUCAAAUAUAAAAAUUUAAGUACAUCAGUCAAAGUAUUUUAACUAUAAAAUGAAAAAUAAAUUUCAAAAGAGUGGAAUUAAUCCCUUUGGAUUGUGAAAAGGCUCAAUUGUUACUUUAAUAGUGUAUUUCAAACGUGAGAAACCAUAUCUAAAAAAGAAAUAACUAAACUAAAGUAAACUAAACUAACUAGUCAUAUUGCACGAGAACACGCCGGUUCUUACAACGUUGAAUUAAAAUAUAUAAAGAAGAAUGAAAAGAAAAAAAAAAAAAAAGAAAAAUAUGCUGCCAUGUAUAUUUUAGUAAAAUCUCAGUAAAUAUUACAAAAGAAAUUGUACCGAAAA